AUGCUUAUCGAUUGUGUAGCGGAUAUUGCCAACAAUGUUUUGUAUAUGGUUGGUCUGGAUGGAGGACUCAUUCCAGAUGAUGGCGACGCUUCAAACAAUUAUCUCAUGACGCUCGAUCUCACGUCGUCUUUCUCCACCUCCGAGGGCAAGAACUAUAAGAUGACCAAGAUAGACACCGAAGUUCCCAAGAUCAAAGACAUGGCGCUCUGGUCCAACGCGGAAAACUCGACAUUGUACCAGUAUGGAGGCAGGUUUCUGGAAAACAUCACUUCCGAAGACACGAUCUGGACCUAUACUGUCAAAGAAAAAUCGUGGAGCAAACAGGAUGGCACCAUUCAGCCCUCGCGACUGGAGUACGGUGUGUAUACGAAUGCGCCUGCUAUCCAAGCCGGCUUUUGGAUUGGUGGUUAUCGGGCUAGUGGUACGACAGCUUCAAUCACAGACUCAACAAAGGAGUACGCCACGGGGCUGAUUCAAUUAAAUACUACAACCGGGCAGUACACAUCUCUCGACGGGCCUUACGAAGCUGUCGAAGAAGGUUCGCUUUCAUACGUGCCAGUUGGCGACAGGGGAAUUUUGGUGUAUAUUGGUGGCGAUCUUCCCUCCAUUAAGGAUGGAAUCAACGCUACGAUGAGCUCGAGCUCAUGGAGCUAUGUCCAAGUGUAUGACAUUGCUGGGGCAAAAUGGUAUAACCAGUCCACGACGGGAACUGUAGCGUCCCGAACACAAUUUUGCGCCUCCGUGCAGCACGACGAAUCCUCGUCCUCAUAUCAGAUCUAUGUUCUUGGAGGGGCAGAUCUGAAAUCCAAAGACACUAUUCUGGAUGUAAAUUACUUAUCAAUUCCGUCCUUCAAAUGGUAUUCUGCUGCCCCUCUUGACGGCCCUCGCAUGACUCUCACAUGUGUGACAUAUGGGCGUCAGAUCUUUGGAAUUGGCGGAAGACGUGCCUGGGCAGAGGACGGCAAGGCAGGCUGUUACGAUGCUCCAGCCUUCAUAUAUGACGCACAAUCUGAGGCAACGCGAUCGUCGUUUGAUCCCGCCCUAUCUUCAUUUUCCCUAUCUUCUUCGACGGCCAGCGAUAUCAAGACCUCUCCAUCUCCCUCACAAUGGGCCGAUUCAGCCCUUAGAACUCUAUUUGGAAAGAGUGAGGCAACAACCAAUACUACCGCUAAUAACGAAGCCUCUUCCACAUCAGAGCCACAGGAAGUUAACACGUCCGAUCCAGCGAUCAGGGGUGCCAUCGCUGGUGGGGUUGUCGGUGGCGUGGCUGGCCUAGCCCUGAUCAUAGGCCUGUUAUGGUUCUUCAUUGCAAGGAAUAAGAAACAAAAGAAUGCGAAAUUGGGUGAGGCUGAGGUUGUAACUCGCCAAGUGCAGCCGAUGCCUGAGCUUCCAGUGGGUGCCAGAGAUGGGCGCUCUGAGUUGGGCGGGGACAUGUACAUGUAUUCGGAACUUCCCGCGGAUAAUAAGAGGGAAAUACCCGAACUAGGCAGUGAACGGAACAGGUAG